CUUUUGCUCAUAAGCAUAUUUGCGAAAAACAAAAACUACAACUAAUGAGAAAGGCUAAAAAAGAAGAACCUGAAGAAUAUGAAGUUGAGAAAAUUGUCAAUCACCGUAUAGCUGGCAGAGCUAAAAAACGAAUUGAAUAUUUCAUCAAAUGGAAAGGCUACUCUUCCAAAGAUAACACAUGGGAGCCAAGCUCAGCAGUGUACAUAGUUGAUUACUUUUACUUUUUCAUAAGUAACCUCUUUUUAUAGUACCAAUGCUGAAGAGCUUGUCAAGCAAUAUUGGAACACACACGGUGGUUUGGAAGAACGCGACAAGAUCUUAGGUAAAAAGAGAUCAGUUACAGCUAAAAAGGAGAUCACGCCCUUGAAGCGGCAAAGAC